AAGUCAGAAGUAAAAACAACACUACAGACACAAAAUAUACAACUCCACUUUCCAUGUGAUUACACGCUUUACACAGUUACAUACAAGCGUGUAUGUGUAUAUAUACAUCACAUCGGUCAAGUCCCCAAACUCCCCUAGAUCCAUCUUAGUGGCAAACCACAUAUCACCCACCCCGAUGGAGCCUCGCCGGAAUAUUCCCCCACGCCACCCCAACUCCGCCGUCAAAAAGCCUUUUCCGGCCACCCUAACCACCCCUCCUAAAGCCUCCGACGCUCUCCCGCUCCCUCUUUAUCUCACCAACGGCAUUUUCUUCACUCUCUUUUUCUCCGUCGCUUACUACCUUCUCCACCGGUGGCGCGACAAGAUCCGAUCGUCGACGCCGCUCCACGUCGUCACUAUCUCCGAGCUUCUCGCCAUCGUCUCCCUCAUUGCUUCCUUCAUUUACCUCCUCGGCUUUUUCGGGAUUGAUUUCGUGCAGUCGUUCAUCUCGCGCUCGGAAAUCGACAUCGACAGCGAGAUUAUCGACUCGGAUCGCCGCCCCUGCGCGGCGUAUCCGGCGGCUCCGCGUUCUCCGCCGCCGGAGAAUUCAAUGGCAUCGGAGGAAGACGAGGAGAUUGUCAAGUCCGUCAUUUCCGGCAAAACGCCGUCGUAUUCGCUGGAAUCGAGGCUCGGAGACUGCUUCCGAGCUGCUUCAAUACGAAGAGAGGCGGUCCAGAGGAGUACAGAGAGGUCGUUAUUAGGGUUACCGUUGGAGGGUUUCGAUUACGAUUCGAUAUUAGGUCAGUGUUGUGAGAUGCCGAUUGGAUUCGUUCAGAUUCCGGUGGGGAUUGCGGGGCCUUUGUUGCUGAAUGGAUGCGAGUAUACUGUGCCUAUGGCCACUACUGAGGGCUGUUUGGUGGCGAGUACUAAUAGAGGGUGUAAGGCGAUUUAUUCGAGUGGCGGUGCCACGGGGAUUUUGUUGAAGGAUUGUAUGACUAGAGCUCCGGUUGUUAGGUUUUCGACGGCUAAGAGAGCUUCUGAUUUGAAGUUCUUCUUGGAGGAUCCUAUGAAUUUCGAGACGCUUGCACUCAUGUUUAAUAAAUCCAGCAGAUUUGCGAGACUGCAACGCCUUCAAUGCUCAAUGGCAGGAAAGAAUCUUUACAUCAGAUUUAGCUGUAGCACUGGGGAUGCAAUGGGGAUGAACAUGGUUUCAAAGGGGGUUCAAAAUGUCCUGGAUUUUCUUCAAUGUGAUUUCCCCGACAUGGAAGUGAUCGGCAUAUCUGGUAACUUUUGUUCCGAUAAGAAACCAGCUGCUGUCAAUUGGAUCGAGGGGAGAGGAAAAUCUGUUGUCUGUGAGGCAAUAAUAACUGAGGAUGUUGUGAAGAAAGUGCUGAAAACCACUGUACCUGCCCUUGUAGAGCUUAAUAUGCUCAAGAAUCUGACUGGUUCAGCCAUUGCUGGUUCUCUUGGUGGCUUCAAUGCGCAUGCUGCCAAUAUCGUAUCUGCAAUUUUUAUAGCCACUGGACAGGAUCCAGCUCAAAAUAUUGAAAGUUCUCACUGUAUAACCAUGAUGGAGGCCGUCAACAAUGGAAGAGAUCUUCACAUUUCUGUCACCAUGCCUUGUAUUGAGGUUGGAACUGUCGGAGGUGGAACACAAUUAGCAUCUCAAUCUGCUUGCUUGAACCUGCUUGGAGUAAAGGGUGCAAACAAGGAGUCCCCUGGUUCAAACUCUAGGCUCUUGGCCACCAUAAUAGCUGGUUCAGUUUUGGCUGGGGAGCUGUCCUUGAUGUCUGCUAUUGCGGCCGGGCAACUCGUUAGGAGCCACAUGAAAUAUAACAGGUCUAGUAGGGACAUGUCCAAUAUUGUGCUCAAGGAUUAAGGAGUGCUUGUAUUAUCUGGAGUUCUCUUGUUUGCUAAUAGACUUUUAAUUUGCUUUGUUUGUGAAAAUUUAACUUUAUUUGAUCAGAUUUAUUUAUUUA